CUUAAAGGCGAGGGUCGUUCGGGUGGUAUCGGACAAGAAAACUAUGAGUAAAAGUGGGUAGAAAUAAUAUGAAGAUAACCACUGUGAAGGAAGAAACCAAGAAUCGUGAAGCAACUGUGCAGUCGCUGUUCUUGCUUGUGUGUGUUCCAACUCUACGUGUAUGUACCUUGCCGGUAGCAGCUGAUUUUGAGCGAUUUGUGUAUGAUGCCGAGCGUGAGAGUGGGGCAUGUGAACAGUGUAAACAAAAUGUCAAAUUAUGUGCCAAAAUAUUAUCAUGUUUGGUCAACGAAAGGUUGAUAUUUGAUUUCUGAAGAUAAUUCAUACAUCACAUUUAGACUGGAUUCUAGAGACUGAAUGUUUAUUCCAUGGUCUUUAUUUAUUGAACAAUGCAACCAGAAAAAGAGGAAGUUGUCAAGGAGGAUGUUACUGGUACUGAUCCAGAAGACACUGACGGUGGAGGUGCUGUGGGUAAUGGAAAUCCUACAGGUGAUGAGCUACAUUUUAUUGUAGACACCCCUGAUGCUGCAGCACCCUCUACAACAGUAACCAAAGAGACAGAAGUUGCGUUCUCAAAUGCGGACCCGGUAUCAGGAACAUCAUGUGUUCAACAUGAACAAACAAUGUGUGAUCAGCUUCCUAGUAUUUCCAGCAUUGCUGGUUAUACGACUAAUACAAUUGUCAGCACAUCAUCAGGUGAAGUCAAUCAGUGUAGUAAUGCCAGUAGUGGAACAGUUCUGCCGUGGGGUGCACACAAAGAACGGUCUCCGUACCCUGCAUGUGUCAAUAUUGACAUGAACAUACGACCUGGAGAGUUUGUAAUGAGAACUCUCUUUGCUGAUUUUACUGUACAGACCGAGAGGAAAAUGGAAGCUGAAAAACCAAUUUCUAAAAUACUUCAAAGAGGAGAGGAUGCACAAUUUGACCAGCUGUUAACUGCAUUUGGAUCCAUGGCCGAACAUUGCUUGCCGUCUAUUCUUCGAUCACUGUUUGCAUGGUAUGACAGACAAAUUAAAGAUGGUUGCAGCAUUGAACAAAAGAAAGUGGACCUGAAAGGCAAAAUCAUUGAAUCCACUGAACGCAGUGAAGCUGAUUCUUUAUUAGAGCGUUGUGAUCUUGCUGUGGAGUUCAUUUUUUGCCUGAUGCUUAUUGAAGUUCUGAAACAACUACCGUUCCACCCAGGACAGGAUGAUCUAGUUAAUCAUGUGGAGAAUUUGGCUUUUCGACACUUCAAGUAUCGAGAAGGAAUUCAGAGUAGCCCAAAUGCAGCUAAUAUUCAUAUUAUAGCAGAUCUUUAUGCGGAAGUUAUUGGUACUCUUGCUCAAUCUCGUUUCCUGUCUGUACGCAAGAGAUUCACAUGUGAGCUUAAAGAACUCAAAAGCAAGGAGCCUAGUCCACACUCCACACAAAGUAUAAUUUCAUUGCUAAUGGGAAUGAAAUUUUUUCGGGUGAAGAUGGUGCCAAUUGAAGAAUUUGAAGCUUCGUUUCAAUUCAUGCAAGAGUGCGCUCAGUAUUUUCUGGAAGUGAAGGAUAAGGAUAUUAAACAUGCUUUGGCUGGUCUUUUUGUGGAAAUUCUUGUUCCUGUUGCUGCAACUGUCAAGAAUGAAGUAAAUGUUCCCUGUUUAAAAAACUUUGUGGAAAUGUUGUAUUCACAAACUCUGGAUAUGUGCACGAAGUCAAAACACAGAUUGGCGUUGUUUCCUCUUGUUACAUGCCUUCUAUGUGUUAGCCAAAAAACCUUUUUCUUGCAGAAUUGGCAUUAUUUUCUUGCCAUGUGUUUAUCUCAUCUGAAAAAUAGGGAUCCUAAAAUGUGUCGUGUAGCAUUAGAAUCUUUGUACCGCCUUCUUUGGGUGUAUAUGAUAAGAAUCAAAUGUGAGAGUAAUUCUGCUACGCAAUCACGUUUACAGAGCAUUGUAAAUUCUCUCUUUCCUAAAGGCUCUAAAGCUGUUGUUCCACGUGAUACUCCAUUGAAUAUUUUUGUUAAAAUAAUCCAAUUUAUUGCUCAGGAACGAUUAGAUUUUGCAAUGCGAGAAAUUGUGUUUGAUCUAUUAUCUGUUGGGAGGCCCAUAAAAAUUAUUUUGACUCCUGAGAGAAUGAGUAUAGGGUUAAGGGCAUUCCUUGUUGUAGCUGACAGCCUUCAGCAGAAAGAAGGAGAACCACCUAUGCCUCGUACAAUGGGAGUAUUGCCUUCAGGAAAUACUUUGCGUGUUAAAAAGACCUUCCUCAAUAAGAUGUUGACAGAGGAUACCGCUCGUAGUAUUGGCAUGUCAUCUUAUUUUCCUCAUGUUCGUCGAGUCUUUGUGGAUAUUUUACGAGCUUUGGAUGUUCAUUAUGGGCGCCCCUUGAUGAUGACAAGUACACAAAAUGUAAACAAGGAACCUGAUGAAAUGAUUACUGGAGAACGUAAACCACGUAUUGACUUGUUCCGAACAUGUGUAGCUGCUGUUCCACGUCUCAUACCCGAUGGUAUCACUGGUGCUGAAUUAGUAGAUUUGUUGUCUCGUCUUACUGUUCAUAUGGAUGAAGAAUUGCGAGGGCUUGCAUAUCAAAGUUUGCAAACAUUAGUCAUGGAUUUCCCUGACUGGAGACAUGAUGUUAUUUGUGGUUUCACUCAAUUUCUUGCCAGAGAUGUUCAAGACACUUUUCCUCAGUUAGUUGACAAUGGUAUGCGAAUGCUCCUACAGUUGCUAACGAGUUGGAAAAAUGCUCUUAGUCCUCCUCGAGGAUUGAAAGAUAAUUUGAAAGCUGAACCUGUUUCCAAUGUUUUUCACAUGGUGGAAGGCUUCGCUCUGGUUAUGUUGUGUAACUGUAGACCUUCUCCUCGACGCCUCUCUGUUCAUAUUCUAAGAGAGACAAAGAUAUUAUUAAAAACCUUAGGAAGUCAGGAUGAUGAUCCUCCAGCUAUAGAUGUAAUUGAUCAGUGUUGUCCUCAAGUUAUGGAAAAGUGUCUUGGACUUUUACCUCCAGCAGAGAAAACGGCUGCUUUAUCAAUGUCAAAUAUUGAUCUACAGUGGAUUGCUGAACGUAGUUCUUGUAUUUGGACAGCAGGUAUUCCUGAUGAAAAUAAUUCGAAGAGUUCAUCAUCUCUGAAUUUGAAUGGUAUAGAUCCUUGGGGAACAUGCCUCUUUGGAUUUCUUGAGAGGGAACGUGUUCUUACACAGUGUCCUACAGCUGUUAUGCAUUCCUGGCCAAUUGUCUUUGGCAGAGUUACGUCCCUCUUCAGUGUUAUUGAUCCCACACCUGUGAACGACAACCGUGCGUCCCUGUUACGUAGUUCAACUGCAGUGAAGAAACCUAUUAACGAAAGAGAUAUUUAUAUGAAUGUGUGGAAAAAUUAUGUUACAUUUGCAUUUAGAGUAGUUCCUCCUGUGCCUAGUCCCAUUGUAAGAUGUGCAUCCCCGGAUCUCAGUCUCAGCUCAUCACCUGACAGUUUAACUGUAGAACGCACUGAUAGUAAAUCUCCUGGUGGAAAUGUGUCUCCAAUUGCCCUGUACAAACUUGUAGUGCCUUUAUUACGUUGUGAAACCGCUGACGUGCGAGAUGCUGCUGUCCAAGCUUUAGGAAAAGUAAAUCCUGAUGCUCUAAAAGAUCUGAUGGAAGAACUUGUGAAUUACAUUAGAGAAGCUGUGGAUCGUAAACAGGAAAAUAUGAGGAGGAGGAGGCGGCGUGAUGCUUUACGAUUGCACUUAGUACGUGUAUUAGAAUUAAUAGCUGAAUAUGGAACGUUUGGAAUAAGCCCGUGUGUGUUGGAUAGGGACACUCAGUCUUUACAUUCCACAUUUGUUGAAUAUAUGGAUGGUGCUCGUCUUUAUUUAGAAAGUGAAGCUGAUAAAGAUGUUCCUGCGGUUAAAGAUAUUAAACUUCAUUUUUGUAACUUCAUUAGGAAAAUGAUCAAGAGCUUUUCAUUGGAAACCUUAUUAAAGAGAGAUUUAAGAAGAAAUCUAUUCAAUCUCUUUGCAAGUUGGAGUGGUCAUUUUGGACGGCCUCUAAUGCAUACCGGAUCCUCAUCUUCUGCACCUCCUUUUAGCUCCCUUACGACAUCCGAUUCGGAUGACAGGGCUUGUGCAGAGUUGCAGUUGUCUGCUUUGCAGGCUAUGAGUGCUCUAUUAUGUUGUGGAUCUUGUUUUGAUACGAAUGGCCUGGCAGAAGAUGGCAUAUUUUAUCCCUGGCUUGACUUGCUGCUUGCCUCUUCUGAUGAGAAGAUCUAUCAACUGGCCAGAGAAACUGUGAUACUACUUCUGGAAUGUAAUCCUGACAUGGGGUUAUUACUCGAUUGGGUUGUUGAUCGAUGUUACACUGGAUCAGCAAAAGUUGCUGAUGGCUGUUUCCUUGCUCUAGCAACAAUUUUCAGUGCGAGGGAAUAUCCAUGUGAUCACUACACUGCUGUGAUAAACGUAACUCUUAUGAAUACUGGAUGUCCACGGACCUUAGUUCAUGAAACUGCAUUGCAGCUUCUGCAAGUUCUAGACAAACGGUUCUUUGGUUCUGUGGUGAUGCCUGCUGACGGUGAUGGUGCAGUGCACUUGUAUGUUCUCGACUUCAUUGUACCCAAAACAUAUAUGUGGAGACAAAGGACGAGGAACUUUAGAUUUAUUACUUUCAACGUCAUACUGUCGCUCCCAAAUGUAUUUAUCACGUCAGCUAUCCCAAUUGCAUCCUGAGCUCACGAUGCCAAUGUUUUCUGAGAUUACACAUCGCUUUCAGACUGCUCGGCCUGAAGUCCGACAAUUGCUACUGCAAUAUAUCUUACCUUGGCUGCACAAUAUGGAACUUGUUGAUCCAAAUGUUCCACCAGCAAACCCUCUCUCGUAUUUCCAGUAUUACGCUGCCGAACUUGGCAGAGGUGGAACACGCCGUGAGGGUUGGGGAUCUGCAGAAGCAACGGAAAUGGUUCUAAACAAUUUGUUUUAUAUCACUGCCAAGUUCUCAGAUGAACUUCCUAAAGAAACAGAAGAAGUAUGGACCACACUCUGCUCAUGUUGGCCUAAUAACUUGAAAGUCAUUAUCCGUUAUUUGUUAAUUAUAUCUGGCAUGGCGCCACAGGAGCUCCUUCCGUAUGCGAAACGUGUAGUCCUCUACCUAGCUCGAGCAAGGCCGGAUCGUCUUCUCGAUGAAAUGAUGACUGAACUUCAAACUGUUGAAACCCUUAACUGCCUAAUCGAGCGGACAGAAACACCACCUUUUUAUCGUUUGACAAGUAUGAGAAAAGCAUCUAGUCAUUCGGAUGGUCCUGGUGGUGUUUCUGGUCAGUCAGACGGUGCCAGUAGAAGUGAGAUGGGUGUGGAGAAGGGCACAAUACAUACUAAACGACAUAGUGGAGAGGAUCCUGGAAAAACUGGAACUUCAAAAUCUGAUUCGGCCUUACGAGCUUUAGCUGGUUUUACUCCUCCCAGAACAGAGAAGGCUAGAACCGCCAGUGGCCCCCCAAUGCUUUCAGAUGAUAUGUCCACUCCAACAACAGAGCCAGAGAUCCCUCCAACUGAGGAUGGAUUUUGUUUGCGCACUGCUCCGACUGAGAAAUUUGACAUUCCUCAGCCACAUCCACUGCCUAUGCCUGAGUAUGGCGGAUAUUUUGCUCCCCUCACAGAAUAUUUACCUGAUAGCUCUCAACCCAUCAGCAGUUUUCAUAGAUGUAAUGUUGCUGUUAUGUUGUUAGUGGAUGUUGUGGUUGAUGGAGCAGAUCUUGAUUGGUCUAUUCAUGUACCUGCAAUGCUUCAUAUAUUAUUUUUGGGUUUAGACCAUAGCCGCCCAUUAGUUCAUGAGCAUUGUAAACAGCUUCUUCUGAAUUUGUUGAUUGUCUUAGCUGAUCAUGGAGACCACUUAACUGUGGCACGUAUACUCUUGAAUUGUAAAACUCAUCAUUUAGGCAUGGGAUUACCAACUCCAGUAUUGCCAGUCUUGAUUCAUGUUUUUACAGAACCAAAUCCAGAAUUUGACAGUUACUUACAAGGUCCAGUACCAAAUCCUGCUGCAAUGUCUCUUCAGGGUGUUUGUUUAGGAACAGAAGCAAGUAAUGUUAUCCCACCAGUUAUUGUUACUCCAGAUGAGCAUGCAGUUUGGUCAGGUCCCAAACCUGGACCAAACAUGCCAGUUCAAGAUGUUAUCAAAUCUUUGAUUGAGUUUCUUGCAUCACGGCCUAAUCAACCUUUGUGGAAUUACGAAGACAUUACAGCUAAAGUGUGGUCAGUUCGUAGUGCAGAGCAGCUAGACAUAUUCUUACAACAUGUUUUGCGUGUAUUCCGUGAUUCUCUUCCACAUGCUCUUAUCAGUGAACGAUGGGCUCAAACUGCUCUUCAGUUGGGUUUAUCCUGUUCAUCACGUCAUUAUGCUGGUCGCUCACUUCAGUUAUUCAGAGCCCUGCGAGUUCCAAUUACAUCUCGAAUGUUAUCAGACAUUUUGUCACGGUUAGUGGAAACAGUAGCUGAACAGGGAGAAGAUAUGCAGGGAUAUGUGACGGAGCUUUUGUUGACGUUAGAGGCAGCUGUUGAUUCCUUAGAAUCCGACUUUCGACCAUUGGAUUUCAUGAAAGAAAUAUUUAAAUCUACUCCAAAUCUGAAUAAUAAAGAACCUCCAGGGGGACUGAUGGGCUUGUCUGUCACUGGAAGUAAACGUUCACCUGGCUGUGGUUAUGGAGUUGGCGGUGGACCACUACAACAACUGGGUCCGGCUGGCCAUACCCGUAGUACUAGCUAUUCUGUCUCGUAUUGUACCCGAAAAGCCACAGGAUCUCCUACGGCUGCUGAAAACAAAGAUAGUCGAGGACGUGCAUCAUCAGAACUUGAAUCACGUGGUGGUUGUAGUUUAAAAUAUUCAACCAAUUUAUCACGUUCUCGAUCAGCACAAUCCUUGAAGCUUCUGGGAGAUUCAGCUACGCAAGAUGAUAAAUUGACAAUACUUGCUCAGCUCUUUUGGUUGGCGGUGUCACUUCUGGAAUCAGAUUAUGAGCAUGAAUUUCUUUUGGCUUUACGUCUUCUUAGUCGAGUAUUGCGUCGCUUACCUUUAGAUCGCCCAGACGCACGUGAUAAAGUUGACAAGCUCCAGGCACAAUUGAAAUGGAGCUCUUUUCCGGGUGUUCAUGCCCUUCUACUAAAGGGCUGCACAAAUCCCAACACAUAUGAGCCUGUAGUGGCUCUGCUAUCCCAGUUUACUCCAAUUCUUGAUCUUCCUGUGGUGGAUCCUACUCAGAGUCUUGCAUUCCCCAUGAAUGUUAUAGCACUUUUGCCGUAUAUGAUGCUACAUUAUGAAGAUGCCAAUGAACUUUGUAUAAGAAGUGCUGAAAACAUUGCUCAGGCAAGUGCAGAAAAAAGCAAGAAACUUGAAAAUCUGGGAACAGUAAUGACCUUGUACAGUCGCCGGACAUUUAGCAAAGAAAGUUUCCAAUGGACAAAAUGUGUUGUAAAGUAUUUGUAUGAUACCUAUGCUCAUUUGAGCUUGAACAUGUUGGCAUUCCUUGUAGAAGUUCUGGAGAAAGGUCCCACAAGUACUCAACAGCCUGUGUUGAGUAUCAUACAUUGCAUGCUGCAUUAUGUGGAUUUAGUUUCUGCAGCAGCUCAGCCAAUUAAUGCUGACCUCUUACGUGUUAUUGCUAAAUAUAUAGAGGGUUCUCAUUACAGAGAAGCCUUAAAAAUACUUAAACUUGUUGUCACCCGAUCCUCUUCACUGGUGGCACCUCCUACAUCGUCUCUUCAUUCUUCCUACUGGGAUACGAGCACGAGUUCUCCCCAUCCUUCAUUUACUGACAAUGAAAUAUUUUCAAAAAAGGAACUUCCAGGGCGAACUAUGGACUUCACCUUUGAUUUAUCCCAGACUCCUGUCAUAGGACGACAUUAUUUGUCUAAAGGCGAAGAAAAAAUUCCUUCAAUGGGUAGUUCAGCUGCUUCCCCACGACGAUCAGUUUCGUUAUCUCCUGCUGAUAAUGUCAGCAUUGCUGGGUGGAAGCGCCCAUGGAUGUCACAGGGAAGAGUACGUGAAUGUCUUGUAAAUUUGCUGACGACAUGUGGACAACGCGUAGGUUUACCAAAAAGUCCUUCGGUGAUCUUCAGUCAGAGCUCAGAUCUUAUGGAAAGACAGUCAAGUAUGGCCUCAUCAACUGAGGAAGUAUCCGGGGCCAAUAAUGAUCUUUCUGGAGGAUCUCGACGAGAUGAUGGAGCAACAGAGCAGUUUGGAGUCUUCAAAGAUUUUGAUUUUCUAGAGUAUGAAAGUGAGAGUGUAGAGGGGGAAAGUACUGACAAUUUCAACUGGGGUGUAAGAAGACGCCCUCUUAGUGAUGGUGAAACGGAGAGAGAAUCAAGUUUACGGCAACUGGAAGAAAGUCUUAGUGAAAAGACACCAGUCCUGAGUAAAAGGAGGCAUUGUGUGGUAGAAGAAUCAUCUGAUGAUGAAGUUGGUUCUGAGUCACCUUUAGAUGAAGUAGCUGUUGCUCCAGAAUUUACUGGCAGUACAGCUAGUUGCAGUGGUGUUUAUCCUCCUUCAUCACUAAGUUUAAGGGAACAUCGGGCAAGGCGGGAUUCUGGCACUCGCUCAGAUACAUCGGGAUCCAGUACUGGUGACUUGGGAGAUGUUACUCCUUGUAAUGCCUCUCCAAACCUUUCUGCUCAUAUGACAUUCCGCCCUAUUACUCGAGAUGAUGCUGAAGAAGUUUGGAGACUUCAAAUUCAAAAUCUGUUAAAUCACAUCCCAUCAUCUCCCACAGAACUCUUUCAGCUCUUGUAUCGUCUUGUUAAGGAUGCUAGUUCCAAGACUGUGGCAUUAACACAAGAGGCAUGUCAUUAUUUGACAGAAAGUAGUGGAAUUACUCCCAUACCCUCUUCAGCUGCUGUUUUACUUGGAUCAAGACUCCUCUCUGUUGCGGAUUUAUUGAUAUCUCAGCCAGAUCCUCCUCAUAUAUGGAUAGGCCCAGAUGCAGUUACUUGUUCUCGAUUAAAUGAAUCAUUAAGAUUUGGAAUGCUUGGUAUACAGGAGCAUUGGGAAACAUUUUUAGAUCGAAAGGAUCAUGCUACUGAGUGCAUUGAUGCUGUGAAAGCAACAGCAAAGUUGCAUUUGCUGGGAGAAAGUUCUGGAGAACUAUGCAGCGAGGAAUUGGUCCUGGAUUUGGGUCGGUCUCUGUAUAAACUACUGUUCCAACUGUUGCUGUUGGUUGAAGCUUCUAAUAAGAUGGUCAUUGCACUUACAGCUACUGCUAGCAGUCAUCAGCUCCAUGAUGCAUCUGCAGACGUUGCUGUCAUGCGUGCUGGUCUAGCACGUGCUUUGGAAGAGGGGACUGAUUCAGAUCAGGGUACUCCCACACCCACACCUUCUCCUGCCCCAACUCCAACUCCCACUCCGACCCCCACAUCCACUCCCACCCCAACUUCUACACCCACUCCAGCAUCUGGUCCUGCAACUGAAGAAGCUGAAGCUGUGUUGCUGGAGUUAGUUCAAGGCCAUAAGUGGUCUGCAGCAUUACAACAUGCUAGGCAUAAUAGAGGCUCAUGGGGUAAUGGUGGCUUUCCCAGCAGUCCAGAUGAUGAUGAUAUUACUGGAAUUCUGAAUGUCUUCUGCAGGCAUCUUGUAAACGAAAGAAAAGAUAUGUUUGUUGUUACAUGUUCUGAACAUGAUCUUAGUGAAUCAUAUGGACGCCUCAUGGAUGGGUUGUAUUGGGUUCUUGCUGCAUUAAAUGCUUUGGAUUCCCAUCUCAGAGAGCAGCGAGAGCAUGGCAACGAUGUUUUGCGCAAGACUGAAUGUUGAGACUGUUCAUUUUCUAGUUUUCUCUCUGGAAUACUAUUUGUAAUUUCAUUUAUUAAAAUGAAAUAAGUGGAUCAUUUUUGUCACUUGAGAAGCAUAUUUUAAAAUAUUAUUUAUAUUCCUUUAGUCCCUUUUCUUUAGUAGACUUCCUCCUAAUCAACGGAAUAAGAUUUGGAAACAGCAUUAUCGAGCGUAUUGAAAUGUGAACAAUGAUUGGAAAAGAAAUUCAUUUAAAAUGGUAGUUCCUCAAACAAAAACAUUGCUCACUAUCAGAGGGUAAUUUAAGUAGUGCUGGAAAAAUAUUUUUUCACAGCAAAAUGUUUUGUUCAGUUGUUAAAAAAAGAUUUUUUAUCUCCUUUUCAUAAUCUCUUUAUUAAUGCAGGGUAUGUGAAACACACAAACUGCAGAUUGUUACAUGAGAUUAGGAUGUGUAUGUAUGUGUUAUAUAAAUGUAAGUGUACAUUUAAUUAUGUAUUCUUGAAAAAUAUCUUUGUGUCUAUGUUAGACUAUGUGUAAAAUUGAGUGUGACACAUUAUGUUCAAAUUUUUAAGUGUCUUCAUUACACCUGAUGUAAUAGGUUACUAUUAGUAGAAUCUAUUACAUGCAUUUUGUAUUACAUUAAUUUGUAGAGUAAUUAAUAGAGUAUUCAAGCUUCCAAGUCAUUUGACAACUAUCAUUGAUAAUAAUGAUGUAAACAAAGUGUAUGUGAAGAAAAUAUUGAAGUAAAAGAUGAUAGUUUUGUAAUAAAGUAGUUCUUGAUCACAGACAAAAGCAUUGAUUUUUUCUUCAGAGUCAAAAUCUGCUUUAUAAUGCUUUAUUAGUCAAUUUAUCAUCAUUUACAAUUACUGUUGACUCAUAUGUGUAGAUGUUAUUUAUUAUCUGACUGAAUUAUUCUUGAUAUUUAUUUUAAUUUCUGUUUUUCUCCUUUUGUUCAGGACAGGUUGAUUAGCAUUUACUGUAUUGUUAACUUUGUUUUUUUAUAAUAUGUGUAGCUUAUUUUGUUAAUUGGCACCAUUUCUGUGUUCCAAAGUCAGCCCAAAAUGUAUUUUAAGUCCGUGUAGCAAAUAUCAUUGAUAUGCACUUUUCAUUUUCAUUAAAUGAGGACAUUACCUUUUUUUGAAAA